AUGGAGUGGGGAAAUUAUGGGUCAUGGGUAUUUGUUGUUGGGCUACAUGUAUUUGUUGUUAGGCCAUGGGUAUUUGUUGUUGGGCCAUGGAUAUUUGUUGUUGAGAUAUGGGUUUUUGCUGAUAGAACGCAAGUGGUGAUGCCGAUGCGGUGCCCACCAUUGAUGACGGUUGGUUUUGCGGUUGUGGUGUUGUCUCGUGUCGUCAUGGGAUAUGGUGGCGAACCAUCAGACGACGGUGCUGCUUCAAGAGAUGGUGGCGGGCCGCCGGAGGAUGGCGCUGCUAGAGUGUCAGUUGCUUCCAACUACGCCAUCGGGUGUAUCGGGCUAUGCGGUGGCUCCGACAAUUCACCCCUCAUCUUGUUCGUCAUGCCUGGUUAG